CUUCCUUUUUACUGUGGCCGCCAUAGCGUAAGGAGCGUGGUGUCGGCGAGCCGAAAAUAAAUACCGAAAAUGGCCUGUGCCCGUCCUCUUAUCUCGGUUUACUCCGAGAAAGGAGAGUCUGCAGGCAAAAAUGUGGUCAUGCCUGCUGUGUUCAAGGCCCCAAUUCGCCCUGAUGUUGUCAAUUUUGUGCACACCAACAUGCGCAAGAACAACCGCCAGCCGUAUGCUGUCAGCGAACUAGCAGGCCACCAGACCAGUGCCGAGUCCUGGGGAACUGGAAGAGCUGUGGCCCGUAUCCCCCGUGUGAGAGGUGGUGGUACUCACCGUUCUGGCCAGGGUGCUUUUGGAAACAUGUGCCGUGGUGGACGCAUGUUUGCCCCCACUAAAACCUGGCGCCGCUGGCACCGCAGGAUCAACACACCCCAGAAGCGCUACGCCAUCUGCUCUGCUCUGGCUGCUUCUGCCAUCCCUGCACUUGUGAUGUCAAAGGGACAUCGCAUUGAGGAGAUCCCUGAGGUCCCGCUGGUGGUUGAAGACAAAGUUGAGGGCUACAAGAAGACCAAGGAGGCUGUGCUUCUUCUGAAGAAGCUCAAAGCCUGGAACGACAUCAAGAAGGUCUACGCCUCUCAGCGCAUGCGUGCCGGUAAGGGUAAGAUGAGGAACCGCAGACGUAUCCAGCGCAGAGGGCCGUGCAUCAUCUACAAUCAAGACGCCGGUCUCACCAAGGCCUUCAGAAAUAUCCCAGGCAUCACCCUGCAGAACGUGAACAAGCUGAACCUGCUGCGGCUCGCUCCCGGUGGUCACGUUGGGCGCUUCUGCAUCUGGACCGAGAGCGCGUUCCGCAAGCUGGACGAGCUGUACGGCACCUGGCGUAAACCCGCCUCCCUCAAGGUCGACUACAACCUGCCGAUGCACAAGAUGACAAACACAGACCUGAGCAGGAUCCUGAAGAGUGAGGAGAUCCAGAGGGCACUCCGUGCACCCCGCAAGAAGAUCAAUCGCAGAGUAUUUAAGAAGAAUCCUCUGAAGAACCUGCAGAUCAUGCUCAAACUGAACCCUUACGCCAAGACAGCCAGACGUCACGCCAUCCUCAAGCAUGACCCUGCGAUCAAGGCCAAGAUGCUGAAACCUAAGAAAAGGCCUUUUAAGAAGAAGGGAGCACCUGCAAAGGCCAAGCCUGCCAAACCUGCGGCAUAAAUCUAUUCAUACAGACUGGCGUUCAGCGAUGAAUAAAAAGACUUGUUUCAAAUAC